ACAAAUCGCUGUGGUUCACUCUCUUUUCUUACACACCAUCAAAGUGUACGAAGAGAAAAGCCGCUGUUUAUCAAAAGUUUCCUUGAUUUUAAGACCACUGGUGUGAUUUAUAAGAAGAGCAGAAAUGCCUCCAAAAAGAGGAAGAGGAAGAGGACGAGGCAGAGGUGGUCCGCCUGAUAGGCAAGAAGGUCCUCCACCACCUUCAUAUGAAGAAUCACCACAUAGACCAUCACGAGGUGGAAGGCCACCACGUGAAGAUGCUACAAGACACCGUCCUCCAUUUGAACGAGAAUACGAAGCUCCUUCCUUUAGAGAUUCUAGACCAUCACGUGAAGAAGCUGUUAGGCAACGUCCACCACCUGAGCCACAGCUUGAAGUUCCUGCGAUUCAGCCUUCUCAUGAAAAAAGCGAAAAAGCGAGAAAACCUCAGGCUGUAAAACUUGAGGAGCUUGGGAUUGAGUUUAAGGAAAAAUUAACAUUAACAACAGAAUUACCAAGACGGCCGGGGGAAGGCCAAUUAGGUCGUCGUUUCAGAUUGAUUUCAAAUUGCUAUCCAGUUCAGUUACCUAAGGGAAACAUUUAUCAUUAUGAUGUAGAUAUUGUAAAUAAACGAAAUAUUUCUGAAACUGGCACUGGAGCUGAAGCUCCCUUAAGUGAAGACAGGAAAUAUCGUUGUUUAAGCACCAAACGUAACAGGGAAAUAGUUAACGUGAUGUUAAAGGUUAAUGAAAAUUUCAGAGGUUUGGUAGCUGCCUAUGAUGGUCGAAAAAAUUUGUAUACUAGAAAACCUUUGAAUAUGAAAACCGUACCUUUGAAAUGUGAAGUAGUUAUUGAAGACGAAGCUCCAAGUGCUCCAUCUGAUUCUGGAGUCCUUAGGAGCGAUACUUUUGUAGUUGUUAUUCAGCCUGUAAGAAAAAGGGAUACGAAUUCAUGUGCCAUUAGUUUAGAUUCUUUGCACGCUCUUUUUGAUGGUCAAGUAACGUCUGUAAAUCAAGAUGCUAUUAUGGCGUUAGAAACGGUUCUUCGUCAUGGCCCUUGUUUGAGGUAUACUCCUGUUGGCCGAUCAUUUUUUUACCCACCGCACCCAGAUGAUGUACAUCCUCUUGGUGGGGGAAGAGAAAUCUGGUUUGGUUAUCAUCAGAGUUUGCGAUUGGGUCAAUGGAGACCUAUGGUAAAUCUUGACGUUACAGCUACUACAUUUUAUCAGUCAACACCUGUUCUUAACUAUAUAGCUGACAUUCUGAGAACCACCGUGCAUAGUUUAAGUCAGAUUCCUCAACUGAAAGAUGCGGAAAUUAAAAGGAUUUCAAAAGAAUUAAAAUCUUUGGAAAUCCAGGUGAAUCAUUUACGUUACAAAAGGAAAUAUCGCAUUUUGAGACUGACCAGAGAAAGUGCUAGUCGUCUAUCGUUUUCAAUUGCAGAUAAUGGAAAUACUGUCACAAUGACCGUGUCUGAAUAUUUUCAAAGCCAGUAUAACAGAAGACUGCGGUAUGGUCAUCUCCCAUGCUUGCAGGUAAAUCCUGAAAAAAAGAAUAUUUAUAUACCAAUUGAGGUUUGUGAAGUAGUGGCAGGUCAACAUUGUAGAAAAAAGCUCGAAGAUAAACAGAAUGCAGAAAUGAUAAAAUUUACUGCUCGAGCCCCUCGUGAUAGAUUCAAUGAAAUCAGAGAUAUUGUAAAAAUGGCCGAAUAUAAUAGUGACAGGUUUUUGAAGGAAUUUGAAAUGACAGUGUAUUCUGAGCCAUUAAAGCUCGAAGGAAGAAUUCUGGAAGCACCAAAUGUCCAAUACAAAACAGCGCGAAGUCCUGAUCCUAUAAGAAUUAAACCAAAAGAUGGUUCUUGGGACAUGAGGGAUAAGCAAUUUUUUCGUGCUGCCGAGGUACAGUCAUGGGUAUUAUUGAGUUUUUCUAAUCCCAGGUUUCUUUCUCAAGAUAUCCUUUCUGACUUUGCAAGAUUAUUGUGCAAAAUUGCUCAAGAGUGUGGUAUAAUUAUAGGCCGACCUUCUUCUAUUGACAUUAUAAAUCCUCGAUCUGCACGAAUCGAGAAUGUGCUUAAAAAUGUAAAGCAGAAAUAUAGUGCUGACUUAGCAGUGAUAGUUGUUCCCGGUGGAGAUAAAUCUAUUUAUGGAGAGAUUAAACAAGUAGCAGAAACUAUAAUUGGGCUUUGUACGCAAUGUAUAAAAGAUGAUAAUGUCAAAAAAUGCAAACCUGCUUUAGCAAGUAACCUUUGUCUGAAAAUUAACGCAAAAAUGGGUGGCAUUAAUAAUGCUCUAACACCCGGAGAAAAACCUGCUAUAAUGAGUAAGCCAGUUAUUAUUAUUGGAGCAGAUGUUUCUCAUCCUGGUCCUUCACAGCGUAUAAAACCAUCCAUUGCUGCGGCUGUUGGCAGCCUGGAUGCCCAUCCAUCAAGGUAUGCAGUUACUAUCAGAGCUCAGACGAAUAUAGAUGAAAAUAAAAAAUCUGUUGAAAUCAUUCUUGAUUUGAAAAGUAUGGUUUUGGACCUACUGAAGACAUUUUAUAGAAACACUAAAGGAAAAAAGCCCGAAAAAAUUAUUUUCUAUCGUGAUGGUGUUAGUGAAGGUCAGUUUGAGAAGGUUAGAGAUCAUGAGGUCAAAUGUAUUAGAGAAGCUUGUAUAACUUUAGGAGAAGAUUAUAAACCUGGAAUAACGUUCAUUGUUGUUCAGAAACGACAUCAUACUAGAUUUAUGCCUGAAGAUAGUAGAGAUGGAGCAGGAAGAAUGAGAAAUAUACCUCCAGGUACAACUGUGGACACAACUGUAACUCAUCCCCUCAAUUUCGAUUUCUUCCUGUGCAGUCAUUUUGGGCUGCAAGGCACAAGUAGGCCAUGCCAUUAUACUGUUAUUGAAGAUGACAACAAUUUUACUGCAGAUGAUCUCCAGAAGUUAACAUAUUAUUUGUGCCACACUUACGUAAGAUGCACCAAAAGCGUAUCAGCACCAGCUCCUGUGCAGUACGCACAUUUAGCAGCGUAUCGUGCAUUACAACAUCUUGCUACGAGGGUCGAGGAGUCUACAACUAGCAGUGAUACAUCAGCUGCUGAUGCAUAUCAUCCUUUGCCAAUGGCAGUUUUAAACGCGAUAAGGGUCGUUGAUAUAUUUCGUGAUGCUAUGUAUUAUGUUUAAAAUAAUAUAUUUUUAUAUUAGCAACAUGGUAAUACGUAAAAUAAUAUUUGCGGGUGUAUCUCAUGAUCACUAAUAUGGCUGCUCAGUAGUAACCUUCAGAUGCCAUUGUGUGUUCCCCGCUUCACGUGGCAAUUAGUGAAAAUUCAACUGAUGAUCACUACUAUAAAUAACCAUAAAAUAAACCAUUAAUUUUAAGAAUACUCUAUGAAUUUAAAGAACAUAACCAUGAAUUUUACAUAAAAUAUAUUUUAAGUAUAAAAUAAGACUCAUGUCUGAAGUUGCAUCGCGAAAAGUAAAAGCGUGAGUUAGACUGCUGCAUAUUACUCAAAUUAAUAAUGUUUUCUCAUUAAGAUUUGGUUGCAUGACACGUAUGUGAUAUACUCGAAACUCUUUUAAAUGAGUUUUUUUAUACUGCCAGCGUAAAUCGAAAUAUUUCUUUAUCAAAACAAAAAAUAAAAUUUCUUUUAAAUUCUUUUCUUUUUUAUCACUGCCUUUUUAUGCACAAAUUUCUUCAUAUCAAUUGUUAUAAUAUCUGUCAUUUCACGUCAUUAUAUUUUUAAGCAAAAAAUAACAUAUACAUACUUUUCGGCUACGCUACUGUAUGUAACAUAACAUACAUUCCUUAGUUAAAUAUCUCAUAUAUAUAUAUGCAUAUGCAUCUCAUGAUCAAUCUCAAAAUAAAUCUGUCUUAUACUAUUCGAAAUUUUUCUAAUUCAUAUAGUGUUAUACUGUUUCGAAUAUUUUAAUGCCUUUGACAAAACUCUCUGAAGCAUUUCACAACUGAAUGUUUUCAUUUAGAAUGUUUAGUUGUAGAAGUUUAAUGUUUUUAUUUAGAAUGUUUAGAUGUGGAAAGUGAAUGUUUUUAUUUAGAAUAUUUAGAUGUAGAGACAAUGUGUUAAGAUUAUAGUAGGAAAAAUACACAAAAAUACUUUUGUUUCAAUGUCUUAUUAGAGAUGUAGUAUGAAAAGGAUUUAUAGUUUUUUUUUAAAUAUACCAAUAUGUUAUCUAUUUUUGUUUCAGUUUGUAUUUUCAAUUUUUAUACAUUUGGUGCAUAAUAAAAAUAUAUCUUUUGUA